AUGGUUGGAUCAUUUCUCAAGUCCAACUACAAGGCACUGGUAUCUCAGUUGUCUCACAUCUCCUCCAAUAUUGAUCAAUAUCUUCCUGUCAUCUUAGCCAUUAGUCCAGGAAUAUACAACUCACCAUUUCGAGAUCCAGAUCCAAUGGAAUUUGAAUUACGAAAAGUGAGGGCAUGUCAUAUGACACCCCCAAGACCCCAAAUUCAGCAGACAGAUUAUGAAGACCUUUCUUCCUGGCUUGCUUGCACGAGUAAGCGUUCAUUUCCACGAUCAGAUAUUUUACCACCUAUUAACAGGAAGCAAUACCAGGGGCCCUUCCGAGAUAUCGCUGAAGUAUUGCAGCAGCGCUACAAGCCUUUGCAGCCAACCUUGCGGGUGGCCACAUCAAUCAAUUCGUUAAGAGAUGCCCAGGAGGAACUCAAAAGGGAGGAAUGGAAACACCGUGUCAAUGACAACAUGUGA